UUGGUCUCCACAGCGACUCUACUUUGUUACUUCCACUCAACAACUUUGUGUUGCCCCUUUCCGCCAAGGUCCCCAAGGGGACGGAGAGCGCUCUGCCAAGGCAGCCGGGGCCGGGGCACUGCCCGGAGCGUCCCGCACCGGAGCGGACUGCUGGAAGCUGGAUUAACACUAAAGCCCCACAAUGUCCUUGAAACCACGAGUAGUUGACUUCGAUGAAACAUGGAACAAACUUCUAACAACGAUUAAAGCUGUUGUUAUGUUGGAUUAUGUUGAAAGAGCAACGUGGAACGAUCGCUUCUCAGACAUUUAUGCUUUGUGUGUGGCCUAUCCUGAACCUCUUGGAGAGAGACUUUAUACUGAGACUAAAAUUUUUUUGGAGAAUCAUGUACGCCAUUUGCACAAGAGAGUUCUGGAAGCUGAAGAACAAGUACUGGUUAUGUAUCACAGAUACUGGGAAGAGUAUAGCAAAGGGGCAGACUAUAUGGACUGUUUAUACAGGUACCUCAACACACAAUUUAUUAAGAAGAACAAAUUGACUGAAGCUGAUCUUCAGUACGGUUAUGGAGGAGUGGAUAUGAAUGAACCUCUGAUGGAAAUUGGAGAGCUAGCUCUUGAUAUGUGGAGAAAAUUAAUGAUUGAGCCACUGCAGGCCAUCCUUAUUCGGAUGCUCCUCCGAGAAAUAAAAAAUGAUCGCUGUGGAGAAGACCCAAACCAGAAAGUAAUCCAUGGGGUUAUUAACUCCUUUGUUCAUGUUGAACAGUAUAAGAAAAAAUUCCCCCUAAAGUUUUAUCAGGAAAUUUUUGAGUGUCCAUUUCUGAAUGAAACAGGGGAGUAUUAUAAACAAGAAGCUUCGAACUUAUUGCAAGAGUCAAAUUGUUCACAGUACAUGGAGAAGGUUUUAGGUAGAUUAAAAGAUGAAGAAAUGCGAUGUCGGAAGUACUUGCAUCCCAGCUCAUAUGGCAAAGUGACUCAUGAAUGCCAACAGAGGAUGGUAGCUGAUCACUUGCAGUUUCUACAUGCAGAAUGUCACAAUAUUAUCAGACAAGAGAAAAGAAGUGACAUGGCAAAUAUGUAUACUCUGCUUCGUGCUGUGUCAAGUGGUUUACCUCAUAUGAUUCAGGAACUACAAAACCAUAUCCAUGAUGAGGGCCUUAGAGCAACCAGCAAUCUUUCUCAGGAAAAUAUGCCAACUCAGUUUGUGGAGUCAGUUUUGGAAGUACAUAGUAAAUUUGUUCAACUGAUCAACACUGUUUUGAAUGGUGAUCAACACUUUAUGAGUGCCCUUGACAAGGCUUUGACAUCAGUAGUUAACUAUCGGGAGCCCAAGUCGAUCUGCAAAGCACCUGAGUUGCUGGCCAAAUACUGUGACAACUUGUUAAAGAAAUCAGCAAAAGGAAUGACAGAGAAUGAAGUAGAAGACAAGCUUACAAGUUUCAUUACUGUUUUCAAAUACAUUGAUGACAAAGAUGUAUUCCAAAAGUUCUAUGCCAGAAUGUUGGCAAAAAGAUUAAUUCAUGGUUUGUCUAUGUCUAUGGAUUCUGAAGAGGCGAUGAUAAAUAAACUAAAGCAAGCCUGUGGUUAUGAAUUUACCAGCAAGCUCCAUCGAAUGUAUACAGACAUGAGUGUUAGUGCUGAUCUCAACAAUAAAUUCAACAACUUUAUCAAAAACCAGGACACAAUCAUUGAUUUGGGAAUUAGUUUUCAGAUAUAUGUUCUACAGGCUGGUGCAUGGCCUCUAACUCAGGCUCCUUCUUCUACAUUUGCAAUUCCUCAGGAACUGGAAAAAAGUGUACAGAUGUUUGAAUUAUUUUACAGUCAGCAUUUUAGUGGAAGGAAGCUUACUUGGUUACAUUAUCUUUGUACAGGUGAAGUAAAAAUGAAUUAUUUGUGCAAACCUUACGUAGCCAUGGUCACAACAUACCAAAUGGCAGUGUUGCUUGCCUUCAACAACAGUGAGACUGUCAGUUACAAGGAGCUUCAGGACAGUACACAAAUGAAUGAGAAGGAACUGACAAAAACCAUCAAAUCUUUGCUUGAUGUCAAAAUGAUCAACCAUGACUCAGACAAGGAAGAUAUAGAGACAGAGUCUACGUUUUCAUUAAAUAUGAACUUCAGCAGUAAACGAACAAAGUUUAAAAUUACCACAUCAAUGCAGAAAGACACGCCACAGGAGAUGGAGCAGACCCGAAGUGCUGUAGAUGAAGACAGGAAAAUGUAUCUUCAAGCUGCUAUAGUCCGUAUCAUGAAAGCACGUAAAGUGCUGCGACAUAAUGCUCUUAUUCAGGAGGUAAUUAGCCAAUCAAGAGCUAGGUUUAACCCAAGUAUCAGCAUGAUUAAGAAGUGUAUUGAAGUCCUGAUAGACAAACAGUACAUAGAACGAAGCCAGGCCUCUGCAGACGAAUACAGUUACGUAGCAUGAUGUUGCUAUCCUGCAGGUAUGAUUGUAAGGAGAUCAUUGCUGUCACUGUUUGGUGUGUUCCUGUGGGAAGAGGCAGGCCUGUGCCUCCAUAAUUGGUCACUUGGCAGCCCCUGUUUUUCUGCUGUUUACAACAUCACCAGUGCCAUGUCAUGAGCGUCAAUGAAAAUGCCUAUAGAUAUUUCAAGCUCAUGUCAUUAUGACAUUUCUUAAAACUUUACUAAAAGAAUGAGUGAAGUAUUGCUGAAAUGUGGAGAAUUGGUUGGAUACCAUGCUUUUUUUUUUCCCCUCCCCUUUCACGUUUGCAGUUGAUGUUUUUUAAUGUAUCUUAAGACAAAGUAAAAAAAAAAUCACAUGAAAAACCUAAAUAUUGUAAUAUGACAGAUAACCUAAUAAUUGUAUCUACAUUAAAAUGUAAAAAAAAAAAGACGAACAUGAUACUGCUGCUUGUCAAAUAAAAAAAUAAAGUUAUAUAAUGUGUCUUGAAUGAUUGUA